GUCGGUGGAAAUUGGAAAACACUAGCAAUAGAAUCGAAUACACACACUAAACAGAGCAGAGGAGAUCUGCAUAUCUAUAUGUUUCUAUUUAUAUCUCUAUAUCUGUAUAUAUCCGAAUCUCUUUUACGCUCUCAAUCUCCGAUUCGCAUCUGCUACGAUCUCUGAAUCCACUCAGUCAUACGGAGGUACGGCUUGACGGAAUCGAAGUCGAUGAAGUUCUGCGGUUCUUGAAGAAAGUUCAGUUGCCUUCUGUUUUUGAGUAACUUUUAUUUCCUUUUUGUGAGCUCUGAUUUCACUUUUGAUUCACCUGUUUUGAGUCAGGUUCGAAUUCCUUUAUUGACUCGGUAAAAGAAAAAGCUUGUGGAGCUGCUGAGAAGAGGAUUUGCUUUGCCUUUUGCAUUGAAUAUAUGAUAAUUUUACGUUUUUGAGGCCGAACUGAGUUAACACUGAUUUGAAUCGCUGGAAAGUUACUUCCCCUUUAUCACCAUUUCAUGCUUAUUCAAAAACUUGCUUUUAUACUUUACUUUUUGCUAUCUGUGGCUCUCUGUGCUUGUGUAUAUUAUGUAAGUCUAUAUUUUUGUACUCUUCGUAUGUGAAUAUGGAUUUAGGUUGUAGUUUUGGGAAGUCACUGAGAUACGAUUGAAUCAUGUUGUGUCUCAGUUUGUUGUUGUUUUUGGUGGUGGUGGUGGUGGUGUAUGUGGGCGUGGGAAUGCUUGUGUCUCUAUUUGGAAACGUUUGAAACAUGAUUUUGCUAAUAAUUGACAGGCAGCAAUUGGGCAAUGAUUUGGAUUUCAAUAGGGGAGUAACAAAAUUGAUUAGAAGACUUUGAUUAGAAGGAUAUAUUUGGUGAAGACUAGCUGAAAAUAAUUUCCAACUGCUGGGUGUUGGGAUGGGCUGUGAGUGUUCUAAGCUCACCUCCUGUUGCUGGGUUGCAGAACAGGAUGGGCCUGCUCGCGAGGCCCAUGAUGAUGAAAAUGAGGAGAGGGAUGAAGCUAGUGAUUUGCCUCCAUUUUGUGAAUACACUAUUGAACAACUUAGGAUAGCUACAUCUGGAUUUGCAGUAGAGAACAUAGUAUCCGAACACGGGGAGAAGGCCCCGAAUGUGGUUUAUAAAGGGAAGUUGGAUCAGAGGAGGAUUGCCGUCAAACGUUUUAAUAGAUCUGCCUGGCCAGAUACCCGGCAGUUCUUGGAAGAAGCAAGAGCUGUUGGUCAACUCCGGAAACACAGAUUGGCAAACCUACUUGGAUGUUGUUGUGAAGGUGAUGAGAGAUUACUUGUUGCAGAAUUUAUGCCCAAUGAGACGCUUGCAAAACACCUCUUUCAUUGGGAAGCACAGCCCAUGAAGUGGGCAAUGCGAUUAAGGGUGGCUUUGUAUCUUGCAGAAGCUUUAGAUUAUUGUACAAGCAAAGGGCGUGCUCUUUAUCACGAUCUUAAUGCUUACAGAAUAGUUUUUGAUGACAAUGCUGAUCCCAGGUUGUCGUGCUUUGGUCUCAUGAAGAACAGUAGAGAUGGAAAAAGUUACAGCACAAACCUGGCAUUUACCCCUCCUGAGUACUUAAGGACUGGACGAGUAACACCGGAAAGUGUGAUGUACAGUUUUGGCACCCUUUUGCUUGAUCUUCUUAGUGGAAAACAUAUCCCUCCGAGCCAUGCCCUUGAUUUGAUAAGGGACAGGAACCUUCAGAUGCUGACAGAUUCUUGCCUGGAAGGGCAGUUUUCUAAUGAUGAUGGAACAGAGUUGGUACGUUUAGCUUCAAGAUGCUUGCAAUAUGAGCCUCGUGAGCGGCCAAAUCCAAAAUCUUUAGUUGCUGCUUUGAUUCCUCUUCAGAAGGAAACUGAGGAUCCUUCUCAUGUAUUGAUGGGUAUACAACAUGGUGCUGCUUCCUUGCCUUUAUCCCCCCUUGGUGAAGCUUGCCUUAGAAUGGAUUUGACUGCUAUUCAUGAGAUCCUAGAAAAGCUUGGGUACAAAGAUGAUGAGGGAGCAGCAACUGAGCUUUCCUUCCAGAUGUGGACAAAUCAGAUGCAGGAAACAUUGAAUUCUAAGAAGAAGGGUGACGCUGCCUUCCGCCAUAAAGAUUUUAGAGCUGCAAUCGAAUGCUACACACAGUUCAUUGAUGUUGGAACAAUGGUAUCCCCGACAGUUUUUGCUCGACGUAGUCUGUCAUAUCUCAUGAAUGAUAUGCCCCAGGAAGCCCUCAAUGACUCGGUGCAGGCACAAGUUAUAUCCCCUGUUUGGCAUAUUGCAUCCUAUUUACAAGCUGCAGCUCUUUUUGCUUUGGGAAGAGAGAAUGAGGCCCAAAUUGCACUCAAAGAGGGUUCAGUGCUUGAAGAAAAGAGGAAUAAGACUUCCUGACAAUAUAAGGGAGAAGAUUAUACCUACUUGAAUUGCUGCUGUCUGGGAAUUACCCACCGCAGGUGGCUCGUUGAUUCCGGCAGAAAGAUCAAAGGCUGUUCAACCUCCCAAAGUAGAUAGAUUUAAGGGACACAAAUUGAUGUCAAUCGUCUGCAUGCAUAACUAGUUGGUUUGGUUUUGUUGAAGCAUUCUUUUGCAACAUUGUUGGAUGGGUUGGUUUUGGCGAGCUUAAUGGAGUGGUGAUGAUAUUUAUGGAGAAACUGCCAUUGUUGACAGUGUACCGACCUUUUCCAAUAAUACAAUCUUUUGGAAUAACGCGGACACCAUUGGAAGGAAUGAUGUUAUGUCCAUAAAUGAUUUGACCAUCAAGUAAAAUGGAAAGGUUGGUAAAAGAGACACUUGCCAUGCUGUAAUUUGUGUACAGUGCUAUAUGGCUUCUAAAUGCUGAUGUGAAAUAGGUUGUGUUUUUGUUUUUAUUUUUUUUAUAUUUUAUGUUUUUUGUAUCCUACUGCCAGUUGUUUCUUGUUCAUUGGUUUAUUGCGGGGGACAGUUCAUAUUAUCUCACAUUAUUGUGGAUUCUGCUGAUUUAAUCUGCCAAAAUAUUGAUCAUUUUCAGUGGUUUAUGGUACCCGUUCGAAAUUGCUGAAAGUGGU